AUGACUUUACCUGCCUAUGCGGUCGCUUUGGGCUUCAACACGGUUGGUGGUACGGAUACGGCCGGCGCUACAAACACCGAAGCUAGCGCUGGAAACACGGCAAGUGUCACAACUGGUACUGCUACUGCUGCUGCUACCGCAGGUACCUUGUCUUCCACUGGAGCUGCUACGACUACUGAGAGUGCUACAAAGACUGGUUCUGCAGCGAGCGAGACGAAGACUGGUGGAGCUGCCGAAACAGCUGGGCUUGGAAAUGCUCACCUUGUGGCUGGUGCUGUAGCCCUGGGGCUGCGACUGAUGGUUUAG